AUGGAGUCAUUUUUACGUGUAAACGAAACGCCAGAACACUUUUAUGAGAGAUGCACGAAUUUGAGUUACUUCGACUGCAGCGAGGAGGAGAUGCUAUGGUGGAUGAUGGGACCCCAAAGAUUACCACUUCAGGAGAUCAUACCAAUAUCUGUGGUACUGCUGGUGAUCUUCCUGACGGGUGUGGUGGGGAAUGUGGCCGUUUGUGUGGUGAUAGUCAAACACCCUGGUAUGCACACUGCUACCAAUUACUACCUAUUCAGCCUGGCGCUCAGUGAUCUGCUGCUGUUGCUGUUUGGUCUGCCCAACGAUCUGUCAGUAUACUGGCAUCAGUACCCGUACAGCCUCGGCCUCGUGUUCUGCAAACUACGCGCACUUAUAUCUGAAGCGGCUUCAUACGUGUCUGUGCUCACGAUAGUGGCGUUCUCGCUGGAGCGGUACCUUGCCAUCUGCCACCCGCUGCACCUCUACACCAUGGCAGGUCUGCGCCGCGCCUUGAAGAUAGUGGCAGCACUAUGGGCCCUCUCACUCCUCGCUGCAUCACCGUUCGCCAUGUACACCACAGUCAGCUAUCACGAUUAUCCACCAGGAUCUGGGAACGCGUCGCUGGAGUCCGCUUUCUGUGCUAUGCUGGAGCUCCCCUCCUGGUACCUGUGUGAGCUGAGCAGCCUGUUAUUCUUCGUGCUACCAGGCCUGAUCAUCCUCUGCCUCUAUGUCAGGAUGGGGUUGCGUAUUAGGUAUGUUAUGGGAUCUACACAUACCAACAAACCUGGCAGUCCAGGGACCCUGAACGGCGUCAACGGCAGCGUCCACGGGGAGGCAAGACAGGCGCAGUCCAGGAAGGCCAUCAUCAGGAUGCUUGCGGCUGUGGUUGUGGCGUUCUUCGUGUGCUGGGCUCCGUUCCACUUCCAGCGGCUGUUCUUCAUCUACGGCAUCGGCUCCAACCACUACAACACCAUCAACAAGCACCUGUUCAGCAUCGCUGGCGCAUUCUACUACGUGUCCGCCACUGUUAACCCUAUUUUGUACAAUGUGAUGAGUCACAGGUACAGAAUAGCAUUCCGCGAAACACUAUGCUGCAGCAAAAUUCGCCGGAAACCAAGCAGAUACUACCGUGAACAGUCCAGCGUCAGGGAGACCAUGGUGAACCACACUUCAGAAGGUGCCAUGGUCAGGGUUCGUCAAAGCCAUGGACGGAACCGUAUAGACAGGAAAACCUUUAGCAGAUGCAGCUACUACGGCGCUGAGACCAUGGCAUUAUGCGAGAAAUGGAAGCAGGAUUAUUGCAGAGAUGGCACCAAGAUGAGUUUAAUCCGAAGCGAGAGAGACAGCAUCAGUUCAUCGCCGUGCAACAAUAACGAAACCCAGGUGUUGUAUAACGAUAAUGAUUAUGAUAACGAUUAUAAAAAUAACCAAUUGAGUAACGUUGAUGAUAGUAAUAUAAAUAUUAAUAUAUCUAUACAUUUGCAUAAAUAA